GACAGGGAAGUAGUUGUUUGCUGUUGUUAGGUCAGUGUGUGUGUCUGUCUGACAACAAAGCGGACGUACGAUGUCGACAAAUAGUUUUUAAAUUUUCAACUGGGGUGGAAUAUAUUUCUGUAACUAAAAGCACGAAUGUUUUUAAAAAAAACACAAGUAAGACAAUCAUGUUGGAUAUCUGGGCGCUUUGCUUGAUGAGGCCGAAACUACCAGCGUCACUUUUUGCGUUUCUUCUUCUUCUCCUCCUCGUCCUCGGCUCCUCCAGUGACGCCGGGCUGCAGCGGACACGAAGGUCUUCCACGGACGAUUUAGUGGAAGAAACUUACAGCGAAUACUACAACUACGUGAAAUUAACGGCACGGCUGCAGGCAUGGGUUCAGAGGUACCCUCACAUAGCAAACCUCACCAGUAUCGGAGAGUCUGUAGAGGGCAGGCAGCUGUGGGUGAUGCGGAUCACUAAGGACCCACGCGCGGACACGCCGGGGAAGCCCAAAUUCAAGUACGUGGGGAACAUGCACGGCGACGAGACUGUGUCCAGACAGGUGCUGGUCUACCUUGUGGAGCACCUGCUUACUGAGUACGGUAAACAUCCGCGUAUUACUGAGCUGGUGAACGGCACCGAUAUUUACAUCAUGCCCAGCAUGAACCCGGACGGCUUCGAAAGGGCCACAGAGGGGGACUGUGACGGAGGUUCCGAGGGUCGCAACAACGCCAGAAACAUGGACCUCAACAGAAGCUUUCCAGACCAGUUUGACGGAAACACUCUUAACCCAGAUAGUAUUCCUGAAGUCAUGGCCAUGAUCAGAUGGAUCCAGGAGAAAAAAUUGUGUUGUUCAGGGAACCUGCACGGCGGCUCUGUGGUUGCCAGUUUCCCCUUUGAAGACUCCGCCUCCCACCAGCAGCAGGGCCUCUACAGUAAGACGGCGGACGACAGCCUGUUCGCUAUUGGCUUGGGUAUAUCCCAGAACAACCCUGUGAUGAAGACCGGGAAGCCCAACUGUCCUGAUACCCCAUAUGAAAACCUUUCAAGAUGGCAUACUAAUGGAGCAGAGUGGUAUGACGUUGCUGGAGGGAUGCAGGACUACAACUACAUCUAUGGAAACUGUUUGGAAAUCACCAUGGAGCUGAGCUGCUGUAAAUACCCUCCUGUUGAUCAGCUCCAUAAGGAAUGGAAUCUCAACAGGGAGUCGUUAUUGGCAUACAUGGAAAAGGUCCACAUAGGCGUCCGUGGCUAUGUCGUAGAUGCCAUCACUGGUGCUGCUCUUCCCAGCGUUAGCAUUAUAGUGAUGGGGAUUCAGCACAACCUGGUCACAGGCUGCUUUGGGGACUAUUACCGCCUUCUGCUCCCAGGGAUAUACAACAUAACUGCUGCUGCUGUUGGAUACAAAUCAGUUACGGUCUACAGUGUCCAGGUCUUGGAGGGCAAAGCAGCAGAACUUAAUUUUACCAUAGCACCUGUGGUCACGGAGUCUUUAAGUAGCACAGUUGUGCCCACAACCAGCGUCCUGCCGACUGUGUCUGUGCCAUCCACUGCCUCCAGUUCCACCUCUGCCUCCCAGAAUCCCUUUGUUUUUUCCAAAUUGUCUGAAAGCAGCCCACCUUCGUUUCCCCCUGAACACCAGCCCAUCCAGCCCCAGGAAUUUCGUCACCACAACUAUGCAGAUAUGGAGCUCUUCUUGCGCAAGUACAACAGCAAGUUCCCCUCUAUUACCCAUCUUUACUCUGUCGGCCGCAGUGUGGAAAAUCGUGAGCUGUAUGUCAUGGUCAUCUCAGACAAGCCCAGUGUCCAUGAGCAUGGCGAGCCUGAGUUUAAGUAUGUGGCCAACAUGCACGGUAACGAAGUGGUGGGCCGUGAAUUAUUGCUAAACCUCAUUGAGUAUUUGUGCCGUAACUAUGGCACUGACCCAGAGAUCACUCAGUUGGUCAACACCACUCGCAUUCAUAUCAUGCCUUCUAUGAACCCCGACGGCUAUGAGGAAGCCACAGAAGGCGAUGUAAAGGGCUACAAAGGGCGCAACAACAGCAACAAUUUUGACCUGAACCGCAACUUCCCAGACCAAUUUAAUACCAUCACAGAGCCCAGGCAGCUGGAGACAAUAGCUGUGAUGAACUGGCUAAGGAGCAUCCCCUUUGUCCUGUCUGCCAACCUUCAUGGAGGUUCUUUGGUGGUAAACUAUCCUUAUGAUGAUGACAAGAAAGGGAUUACACAGUAUAGCAGGUCACCUGAUGACAAGGUCUUUCAGCAGUUGUCUCGAGCUUACUCACAGGAGAAUCCUUUGAUGCACAAUGGGCACCCUUGUCCCGAUCUGUACCCUGAGGAGUACUUUGAAGACGGCAUCACUAAUGGUGCCAACUGGUACAAUGUUCCUGGUGGCAUGCAGGAUUGGAAUUACUUAAACACCAACUGUUUUGAAGUGACCAUAGAGCUGGGAUGUGUCAAGUACCCCAUGGCCAAAGAGCUGCCCACAUACUGGGAACAAAACCAACGAGCCUUGCUUCAGUUUAUACAACAGGUUCACAAUGGAAUAACGGGCACAGUAGCUGACAGCAGGGAUGGAGCAGGCAUCCCCAAUGCCACUAUUAGUGUGGAGAGUAUAGAACACAACAUCACCACAGCCCUUACUGGAGAUUAUUGGAGACUGCUUGUCCCUGGGACCUACUCUGUUACUGCCUCUGCCCACGGGUACAACCCUGUCAGAACCUACGCCACAGUUUCACAAGAAGGUGUUGAAGUGGUGGACUUCAGAUUGACACGUGUCUUCUUAGAGCCUAAGGGCCCACCACCUCCACAGAACCCAUUUGAGGAGGAGUUCCACAAAUUAAUCAAGAGCCUCUCACUCGGUCAGGGUUUGGAGCAGCUAGUCAGCAGCACUACUACACAAAAUAACUUCCAAUACCGACACUACAAAGGGCAGUCGGAGUUCCUAAGGGGUCUCACCCUCAACUUUCCAAAAAUUACAUCCCUACGCAGUUUAGGGCAAAGUGUGGAGGUUCGAACUAUUUGGGCACUGGAAAUCUCCAACAAACCAGAUGAGCCUGAACCUUCUAAACCCAAGAUCCGAUUUGUGGCAGGAAUUCAUGGCAAUGCUCCAUCGGGCACGGAGCUUCUGCUGGAGUUUGCUGCCUUUCUGUGUAUCAACUACGGCAAGAACCCAGCCAUCACCAGACUGAUUAAUGAAACCCAGAUUGUCAUCUUACCCUCUAUCAACCCUGAUGGACGGGAGUUGGCAAAGGAGAACCAGUGCACUUCCACUCAAGGUUUCACUAAUGCUCAUGGCAAAGAUCUGGACACAGAUUUCUGUGGCAAUGCAUCCCAAAAUGUAGUAGAACCCCAACCAGAGACCAAGGCUGUGAUGGAUCUGAUCCUAAAGAAGGACUACACGAUGUCUGUGGUCCUCGAUGGAGGCUCCCUAAUUAUUACCUACCCAUAUGACAAGCCCGUACAGUCUGUUAUAAAUGAGGGAACUCUCAAAUACUUGGCAAAUGUGUAUGCCAGCAACCACCCCAAGAUGCGCUUUGGAGACAUUGGAUGUCCAAGUAAUGGGCAGAUGGACAACACCCACAGUGGCGUUCUGAGAGCAGCAGAGAAACAAAGUCAUAUGGGGAGCAUGAAGGACUUCAGCAUGGAUUUUGGCCACUGCCCUGAAAUCACGGUGUAUACUGGCUGCUGUCUCUUCCCUCCUGCUGAGCAGCUGUCAGCGCUCUGGGCGGAGAAUAAGAAGGCGCUCCUCAGCAUGUUGGUGGAGGUACACAAGGGGGUGCGUGGCAUAGUGAGGGACAUGAGUGGGAAACCUAUUGUUGGUGCUAUGAUCAAGGUCAAUGGAGGCAUGAGAGCCUCUACUGAGGGCGGUUAUUUCCAUGUGCUGCUCGUCCCUGGCAACCACAAUAUUGAAGCUGUUGCUGAUGGCUACAGACAACAGGGGCAGAAGGUGGUUGUGUCUCGAUAUGAAGCUGCUGUGUCCAUCACCUUGGAGUUGGACAUAGACAACAACGUCCUUGGUCUCCCCAGAGAGUUUGUGGUGGCCAUUACAGCAGCCUCCAUGAUGGCAUUCUUGGUGACGGCAUGCGUCAUCUGGUGCGUCUGCACCUCCAAGUCUAACCGGCAGAAGGACGGCUUCUACCGUUUACGGCAGCAUCGGGAAGACUACGAAGACGAGGUCCGGCUCACUUCCAUGGGAUCCAAGAAGUCACUGCUCGCUAACGAGUUUCAGGAUGAGAGUGAUAGUGAUGCAGAGACGCUAUAUGCUAACAAAGUCUAAGAACUGUUGCACUAACUUGACUGUUGGUUCACAAUCCCCUCCUCUAAAAUUUAAGGUCUUUGACCAACAGGAACUGGUUGAACACUGGGCAGUGGUUCUCUCUCUGAGGAUGGUCACCUCAUUCUGUUAAACCAGCAACGUCUGGGCAUUCAGUGCUACUAGAGUGAUACUUAUCUUGUUGCUAUGUGGACUGAAGAACUUAUUUGUGCUUCGUGUCACUCAGUCUGACUGGAUCAGGAACACUGGUUCACUGUGGUACUCAUCAACACCUAUCUUUCCAUGCACAGAAUCUUUUUUAUCAAGCCUGACUUCAGGUGUCAUGCUGAUAAGUGUGAUGAACUCUGUGUACUCCUCCCUCACUGAUCUGUCUUCACCCCAACAUUCUGUAAAUACUGCUGUGACGGCAGUAAGUCACAUUGGGUUUUUAUCUUCAAGUCAGCCAUCAUAGAAAGUUUUCAGCUUUUAGCAAACUUAUUACUGUGCCUUGGUUUCUGUAAAGUUAUUCUUGGUGGAGUAAGCGGUAGCAAUUUGCAGCAGGGAAUAGAAAUAUUUAAUCCAUGUUUGAAUCGGAUCCGUCCUGUACUCAAGCGGCAGUAGAAAGAGUUGGUUUAAAGAGCUGCUCAGUUCCAGUGUUAGAGAUUCCGCACCAAGACGGUGUGUGUGUUUUAGCUGGUUUCAAAGUAUCAGGGUAAAUGCUCCUGAACAUGAAAAUGUGCUGUUACUGCUGCUGAACAUGCAGCAGGGAUCCCUGCUCCUGGAGAUCACCUGCAACUACUAAUUAACUUCAGUUAGCUUACCAAUCAAGAGCAAGGAAACUCCAGAUUUAAUCAAUGAGCUGUGGGCUGCAGGUGGAAAACAUUUAGGAUGGGUGACACCUGGCAGUCAUGUUGCAUCUUGUGCAAACAUGCACAAUCAUCCCUCCUUCAUGGUAAGGAAAUUAUAAAUUAAGAGGGUAAUUGUUUUUGUUUUAAGCAUAACUUUUGUUGUGCCCACUUCUAAUGGUUUCAGUAUGAAAGCUUUUAUUUUUUAAUAUAAAUUUGUUUUAAUUUUGUUUUUGUUGAUGGGUGUGCGGUUUCACAAGGCCCUUAAUUGGUAUCGCUUCAAGGAUGAUCAGUUUUAUUUUGAUUUGAAUGUAUGCUCUUUUUCUCCCCAAAACACUGAGUACAGAUCUGGUACUCAGUCUGCCAGUCAGGGCUCAUAAUCAGAACCAGCCCAGAC